UUAUUUGCAGUUGUGGGCGGUUUGUUAACAGAGGAAUCGUUCUAGUAGUUCUUUAUGACAGCGCACUAUUCUCUUCUGCGGCGUCUUCACAUACAUUUGUGGUUGAUACAUGAAUCAAAGCGUAAGGCAUUUACAGCAAGUUGCUUCUGUACAUGCAAUAGGUGGAUAAGUUGUAUUUUUUAAAAUUGUAAAAUGUUCCGCCAAAGCCUCUCUACGUAACGCCUAUCAAAAUCUUUCACAGUGACUGGAUGUCAGUUAUGUUUUUGUUUUGAAAACGUAAUCUACCUUUGUUUUUUCAAUUUUGCGGAAGUAAUUUGCACAUUGUAAUUAACUCAUGAUUAAUCUGCAUUGCCCGAUAGUGGAUCCAAUUCUCAAAACUCAGAUGUUCAUCCUGUAUGCGUUAGGAGAUAUGCAAGUUACACUGUUUAACUGUAGUCAAUCGCGGAGGGGGGAGUGCGAAGAUCGAGACGGUCGACUGCAAUCGUCCAAUCGACAUUACUAACACGUAACCCUAUGGAAAUAGUUUCCCCUCCCCGAAUGGAUAUUGUUUUCUUCCCCCCACGAAUUAGUUAGUCCACAAACACUGAAAGCCUAGUCCGCUCCCGCUAUUACUAUUUGCACUUUGCCAGCCUGCAAUCAAGCUUUAAUUUGAAAUGUGUUUUGAACGAUUUGGUCUUCCAUGGCCACCGUCACGUUUACAGUAGCACGCCGAACUUAAAGCAUUGCAGGAACAAAAGUUUGUGUAGCCCGUGUGAAAGUGAAGCUUUGCUUUGUGUCGGAUCGCAAGGCUGCCAGGGUUUUGCUCAGCCGCCCGUCUGCGCGCCUGGCCGUCUGGGCUCGCAUUCGGAUUUGGAACACGCGGUGGCCCCCGGGCCGUUCCAUUCGCUCCAUUGUUGGGUGUCUCGCCAUGCUUGAGCCGCUCUCUCGCUGGCUGCAGGUGCUGUUGCUGCGAGGCAGGGAGUUGCUGUUCGGAGGCGGUCUCUCUGAUCCCGCGCUCGUUGCUUUGCCCGCGAUCGCUCUCAGCCUGCUGGUAGGUGUGGUGCUUCUGGUUGUUGUUGUUUUUGUGCAGGGUCGAGGCCAUCAUGCUGCCGCCAGCAGGGCCCUGCCGAUCGACGAGCAUUUGCUACUGGAGGCAUCCGCAGCCUCUUGGAAGAAACCGAGACAGCACGAAGAGCCAAAGAAGAAAAAGAGGAAGGAGAAAGCGAAGGAGCCAGUGAAUGGGCAUCCUCCUUUUUCAAAUGACAUACAUCCUCUUGCUGUGGAAGAAACUAAAGAUUCACAAGCUGCUGAGAAGAAAUUGUUUAAGGCCAAAAAGAAAAAACAACGAUUUGACGAGAGACCUAAGGAUAAAAGUGUUUCAGGAAAUAAAGAAAAAAUUGAGGAAGAAGCUGGAGACUGGGUCACAAAAAUCAGUAAUCGAGAGAAACGUCAACAGAGAAAGGAGCGCCAAAAGAAGAAAUGCGAUGUAACUGGUUUUGUUGAUCCAACUGUUCCUCUUUAUUCUGAUGGAAACAGGACUGCAUCAAGAACUGUGAAGGAUUACAGGGGAUCAGAUGAUCAAGAAGAGACCAUUGCGUGGAAUGCCCCACCUGAUUCUGCGGGUGAUACAGCAUCCAGCUGGAAUGAAGCAACAGAUAAAGCCAAUGUUUGGCACUUUGCCGGGGGUGGAGACUCGAGCACUGUAGGUUGGGGACCCUCAGACAAACCAGUGGCCACCUCCGGUUGGGGAGUAGCAACUAAGGACUUGAGCAACAGUGGAGCCGACUGGGAAACUGCAGAUUCCGUUGAGCAGGACAUCUUUUCCAAUAUAGGAACUUGGGACAACAAGGCAGGUGUCAAAAGCCCUCCCGUGACCUUUGGAGCCUUUCCUGAUCCUCCUGAAACCAUUACCCAAGACAAUACUUCAUCUCAAGAUAGUCCAGCCAGAUGUCACUUGAGUGCCUCAUUGUCAUCUCAUGUAAUUGAUGAAGCAUGGCUUGGAUUAGAUGACCCCUUUGCAGUUGACCUUAACUCAGAUUGGAGUCCACCAACAGAGGAGUGGGGCAACUGGACAGGAGAGGAAAUCUUAAUAGCUCAAGAAGUUGAGAAAGAGAACCUGAAGGUGUCUGAAGAGGAAGAGGAAAAAUCUCAGGUGAAUCCUGCUGGCAGUGGAAAGUCAAAACGAAAGAAGAGAAAGAAGAAGGGCAAGCAUGUAGAAGAUUCUGUUGGAAGCGAAGUGAUGACACUGGAGAAACCCAAUUCUAAAUUACACGAUGAACCAGAGAAACCCCACCCAGUUACUGCUGGCUCUUCUGAUGUCCAUUUUAUUUUAAUGGAGUCAGAAAUAAAGCUCAAAGAUGGUGUUCAAAAGAAGAUUCUGAUGGAUGUGGAUCCGAAGGGAAUUUCACAAAGAUCAGGAAUUGAAGUGGAACAGUGCUUGACAGACAUUGCUCUCACUGAACAAUGGAAUAAUGGGGCCAGCACAUCAAGCAGUAGAAAAAAUGGAUUCACUUUAGACUGUGCCAAAACAGAGAAGAGGAAAAUGAAAGCCAGAAGAGAAACCUGAUACUGCCUUUUCAUUCAUGCAAAUGGUUCAGAUUUUUAAUUCUGAAAUUGUCACCAGUUACUGCUAAAUUAGCUACAGGCAUUCUGCUGCAGGAAGCAUUGCACUAAGUCCAUAAAAUGAACAAAGGGACAAUACAGUAGGAAACUCUGAUGUAGACAUGGAAGCCACAGAGCAAAGUAAAAGGAGUUGAUGAAGGCAAGUACUUAUUGUUACAGAGAGGUAACAACAAGCCACAAAAGGAAUGUAAUUCCUAUGUACUUUGUCAAUUUUUUUCUAUUCUAGCGCAACAUGGAAUGCAAAGUAGCUUUGCCAGUUCCAAGCAGCCUUGGUUUAUGGCAGUAUAAAAAUAGGCUAGAUGUUAUUGUUCUUUUUAAAUUUUGCAUAUUUAAUUGAAAUCCAUUUAAAACUUUCCAUCUUCUCUUGAUAUACUCAAGAACAGAUGUUUUGUGUCCUGUUGUGAAAUUGUACUUUAGAAAUGACUGUGGCUGCCUAUCUGUGUCUUAAAUCAUAAUACUGGUUUCUUGGAAGUAGGAUGGAACUAAACAGGUGAUUUCCCAUCACUGUGUUGAGCUGUACAUAUGGAUUUGCUUCCAUACUAAAAACAAAGCCUGCUGUUUGUCCACUGUCAGCUCACAGCAAUAUAGCACUUCAGGUAUUACUCAGUAACCUUGCUUGUCCAGAUUUAAUAUUUAAAUAAUAUAAUUUUGCAUCUUUUUGGGAUGAAAAUGCACUAAAUAAUUUUUGCAAAAUGUGGAGGGGAGCAUGCCAUAGAACCCACCCCUGCCUACCCUUAAAUCUUUUGUACCAUUUUGUCCAUGGUGCUGAUGAUUUUAAAUUUGUUCCUUCUGUGUUUAAAAGUGCUCUGUAUCAGACUUUUUGUUUGUAAACUCUAUGUAAAACAAAGAGAGAAAUAAUCCCAAACAUUAGAAUAGGUAUUAAAGACUGACCAUUUGAUCAGCUGAUAAAGUGUUUCGAUUGGACACCACUCAUGGAAGUACUUUUCAUUCUAAUCAAAAGGGAAUUUUAAGUUGGUAUUAGUUAUUAACUAGUAGUAUUAAAGGUACACAUUUCUAAGAAAUGUGUUCACUUUAAAACACUUUGCUGUAAAUCCAACCAUGGUUCCUGAAUAAAAGUAGCAACGUAAGAAUUGCCCAGGUUGGUCAUUGGAGCCUUUUGAAGUACUCCACUUUUUCAUAAUUUUGUUGCUCUGAAAUGUUACUGUUUCAAAAAGUAAUGUGGUCAACUUCAUAAACUAUGAGCUUUGGCUAGAGGCAUUAAGCCUUACAAUAUAAUGGGCUACAUUCUGGCUUUUGAAAUUUAGUCAGUUCAUGUGAAUUUUUAAAUUAACAGAUGUGUUAUUUUCCAAUGCCAUUCGAUGUGUUUACCUUAAUGAGUAUUGAUCACUAUUGUGACAAAACAGUGCGAUCUCUUGAGACGUGUUACCUUGGAGAAAAUAAGGAUAAUUAUUUAAACAAAAGGUAUUUACAAUUUAGUUGCUGUGACUGAAUCAGAGUCAAUGGUAUGGGAAAUUAAAACAAAUCAAAGGCAAUCCAGUAUAAUUGACCAUAUUGGAGGCAAAGACACUAGAGCAACUUAUCUUACAGUAAUUAAAUCAGCACUUGUAAGUUCCCUCUGUGUCCAUAGUAUGCAUUAUUUGCUUGCAUAUUCAAUAUUAGGCAUAAACCUAUGUAAAAUAUUGUUAGAAUUUCCAAUUUUAUUUUGAAGAAAAAUCAAUUAAAGGGCAAUUUGAAGUCAAGCCAAUGUAUUGUUUGAUGUAGGUAGCCUGCUAGUUAAUAUACAACCAAUACCUCCAAAGCCAGUAUCCUUAAAUAUAGUAUUUACUAUUUGCAAAGAGCUAAACUAUCCAGAUUUAUAGAGGUGUUUGCUACAGUUGCUCACCCAUUACAUUUUUUUAUUAAUCAGUGAUAAACCAUGCAAGGUCCUGAAUGUUCUAACUGCAUAAAAAAUGUUUUUUUUUCCAGCUGUACAAAAGUAUGACUUUUUACCAGGUCAUGUUGUGGCCGUAUUAGCCUUAAUGUUGACUUAACAGUUUUAUAGGAGAAGAUUUAACAAUUUUCACUAAUUUGUUUAAGGCAGUAUUUUUUUCCCCUUUUUAUAAUUGAGAGUGUUUUACCUCAUGCCCUCCUGCAACAAUGGUUUUUCAUAUAGGAAUGUGAUGUAGCAUCCACAGUUUCAAUGUUCGUGUUGUUCUGUGAUUCAUUUCUUUCAAAGUAUCUUGACUUCCAUUUGUUGUGGAGUUGAAAUUUAAAUCCCGUUUUGUGUUAGCUCAGUACCUGGCUUUUUUAAAUAAAGAUCUUGAACUGCAAUUAUAAUUAGCUACAUCAAUUAAUAUUAAAUUGAAUUUGAAAUGAUAUUGUAGCUAAUGACGAUAACAGUUUUAACUAGUGUUGUAAAGUGGUGUUUUACUUAAAUGUGUAUAUAACCAUAAACUCCAGUAUAUGGAUUGUUUCUCUGUUUUCAUUACUGGUUUAGUAAGAUUGCAUGAAGUAUCUCUAUGUAAAUUGUUUCUUUAUAGCUUGCAAAAAUUUAAAAUCUGCAGGAAAUGUCAAUAUACCAGAUUUUCUGGUAGGUUUAUGUGGGGAAACAAAAUUGUUUGACAAGGGAAUUACUUUUUUUCAGUAACUAAAUUACUCGUGAUUUUCAUAUUUGAAUUAUAGUUUUCUGAAGCUUAUGAAUUUCCUACUCAUAAAUUGCAGAGUGGUUCUUUGGUUAAAACUAGUCUAGAAAUAAAUUUCUAGUCUUUUACAAUACAGACAUUUUUCAUAAUGUCUGCAUUACUGUAUAACAUGUUUGCGUUUUUUCAGAGUAUCUCAGUGAUAUGGGUGUUAGCUUUGUCAUUCAAGAUUCUCAUCUUGAUCGUCGCUGUAAAAUUUAACAUGGGAAAAAUCUGUUGAUGAAGGGAUCAAGCUUAACUGAUAAGUAACCUGCCUGCAUACAUUGUCUAAACUGAGAUUUGAGAAGUGCCUACUUUGGCAAUAACAGAUAACUGCUGGUGCCCUUCAAACCAUAGAUUUAAGUGAGCCUGUGCCUUCAGGAAAAAAAAAAUUGGCAGACAAGAAUUUAGUACUAUUUGUUUUCAUAGAUGAACUCCCCAUUAAUUUGUUAUCCAUCUUAACCCAUAUUCAUUUCUCAUAAACAUAACCUUCAUUAGAAGGUACAGAUGUAAGAAAUAAUGUUAAGUAUGUAGGUCAACAAAAGCCAUACUGUCCUUUAAAAGUUCCCUUCCCUGCUCAAGAAGUGCAUGUUUGCUUUGAAGCUUUAAUUUAAAUAUUUGGAGCCAAUAAGUAACCUGAAAGAAAUUAUCUUCAUUUUAACUGACAGGAGAUAAUAAGAAACUUGUCAGUUAAUGAAGUGUUUGUUUUGACUCACAAAAUUUAUCAGCUGUAUUUCCAUGUACCUUCCCUUUUGGAAUGCAUAUAGUUGUAGGUUAUUAUGCCAUUCUUUACAGUACUGAGGCAUCAGUUUGUGCAUUUUCCAAUUUAAAUAAAAGGCAAAUACUGUAAUUGAAAUA